AUCCACACUCCUCUUCUUCCCCUUCUUCCAAACCUUUUGCUUUUGUUCAUACGCACCAUCAAAACUUUUCCCCUCUCUCUAUGCUGUCAGCCAGGUGAUCCUCAUCUCCCUCCCUCCCCCGUCACUCUCUCUCUCUAGUGAACUUCCCUUUCUCCCUCUACAGCCUCAUUUACACCUUUAGGGCUACUACACGCACACACAACACCUUUAUCUCCGUCUCACAUCACCCUCUCUCUCUCUUCUUCUUCUUCUCCUCUUGACGAUCCAUACCGAAGCUCUCUCUCUCUCUCUAUUUAUAUUAGCUGCCAUUUCCCAUCCACACGCUGUCUCUCCUAUCUCCAGCUCCACCGUAACACCAAUCGCUCCAUCCAUGGGGGAUCCCUACACCAAUUUUUUGAGGGGCUACAGCCUCCGCUACUCCAACGCAGCGGCUUCUUCCUCCUCCGCUUUCCCCAGCUACACCUCCUACCUCCACCACCCACCCCCCUCCUCCCCUCCCAUCAGGGAAGCCCUCCCUCUCCUCAGCCUCACGCCUUCCUCCUCCACCCAGCACCACCAUCAUCAACACCACGAUCAAGAAGAUCACAAGGUCGUCACCACAGCCUCCUGCAGCAGCCAGACAGAAGCUGACGAUCAGGCAGCCGGGGAGGUCACUGUCGCCCUGCACAUCGGCCUGCCCAGUCCCAGCCCCUCCGAUGCAGCAGCCGGCUGCGGCGACCACCACCAAGAAGCACCGGCGGCGGGAGGAGGAGCUGCUGAGGAGAGAAGCCAGCAGCUGCAAGAAGAAGGACAGGAGGAAGGAGAAGGGGAAGAGGAGGAUGGCAGCACGAUGGCGCUGGGGGUGGGGUGCGCAUCCCUGGGGAUAGGGAGGCUCACAAAGGGGCAGUACUGGAUCCCCACCCCGUCCCAGAUCCUCAUUGGUCCCACGCAGUUCUCUUGCCCCGUCUGCUACAAGACCUUUAACAGAUACAACAACAUGCAGAUGCACAUGUGGGGCCACGGGUCGCAGUACCGGAAGGGCCCCGAGUCGCUCCGCGGGACGCAGCCGACGGCGAUGCUCCGCCUGCCGUGCUACUGCUGCGCGUCGGGCUGCCGGAACAACGUCGACCACCCGCGCGCCCGCCCGCUCAAGGACUUCCGCACCCUUCAGACCCACUACAAGCGCAAGCACGGGAUCAAGCCCUUCAUGUGCCGCAAGUGCGGCAAGGCCUUCGCCGUGCGCGGCGACUGGCGCACCCACGAGAAGAACUGCGGCAAGCUCUGGUACUGCGCCUGCGGCUCCGACUUCAAGCACAAGCGCUCUCUCAAGGACCACAUCCGCGCCUUCGGCCGCGGCCACGCGCCCUGCGGCAUCGACUGCUUCGACCUCGACGAAGACGACCGCGACCCUUCCUCCGAGGUUGACCAUACCGUUAACACCGCCGCCGCCGCCACCACCACCAACGGCGCCGGCAGCGACCGUCGCCAUUGGAAGGCCAAUUAACCGAGACGGUCCAUCUCUAGGGCUACGGCCUGCUGCCAUUGGGUAAGUAUAUAUGCAUGUGAGCUGAGGUGUGGGAGCGCAAGCUACUGGGAGUACGUACGUACUGUACUAUCUGUAUACAUGAAGCUUGCAGGCAGGCGUAUAUAGUUGAUAGUGCGAACCGUGAAGGGUGCAUUUUAAUUGUCCAAGAAAAGGUGGAUUAUACAUUUGCAGCUGGAUUAAUCAAGGGAACGAUCGGUGCAUGUAUGGUUAUGACUUAUGAGAGAGGUGAGUGAAUUUCUAAUUGUUUGGGUAUAGCCUACCCUAACUAGAGCUUCAUUGUAUGUGUAGACUUUGGUUUGGUAUAUGGUGAUACACAUUAUCAAAUAUUAAUUCAAAAUUUCAAACAAGUUAUCAUGCAA